AUGGUCCGCGACAGCCGCGCCGCCGCGUUCGCGGCCCUGGCCCUCGUGGCGGGCGUGUGGGCGGCCUCCACCGCCUUCGUGGCGCCGGGCCCCCGCGCCAGCCCGCUGGCCGGCCGGGUGCAGUCGGCGGUGGUGCUGCAGUCUGGCUCGGGCGAGUACACCGGGUUCGUGCCCGACAUGCAGAGGCGCGUGCUGAUGAACCUCAUCGUCGUUGCCGUGUGCGCCGUCCCGGCGCUCGUGGUCCUCGGAGGCCAAGUGUGUCCCACACCUCUUAACGGCAAGCGGGGCCCGGCGGACUUCUUCCCCAAGCUGGGCGGCGGCGGCGGCGGCGCCUCUCCCGUGGGCGACAUCAACGGCGCGGCCGUGCCGCUGAAGAAGUGGGUCGCCGGCCACAAGGACAACGACCGUGAGUUGGUACAGGGGCUCAAGGGUGAUGCCUACUACCUCAUCUCCACGCCGGACGGCAUCAAGGACUUCGCGAUCAACGCGACCUGCACUCACCUUGGGUGCGUGGUGCCGUGGGUCCGCUCGGCGAACAAGUUCUGCUGCCCUUGCCACGGCUCGCAGUACGACGAGAACGGCAAGGUCGUCCGCGGCCCGGCGCCCCUGUCGCUGGCGCUGGCGCACACGUCGGUGCUGGAGGACGGCAACAUCGCCGUGUCCCCGUGGCCCGAGCAGAAAGCCAUGGAAGAGGGACAGCAGAAGAACGUCGCCGACGCGCUCGCAGAGGUCGUGGUAGCGGCGGCGGCGGAGCGCGAGGCGGACCUCGACGCGGAGAUCGCGCGGCUCGACAACCUCAAGGAGGACGACCUCGAGGAGCUGAGGCGCAAAAGGCUGGAACAGAUGAAGAAGUCGCAUUUUGACAGAAGGUCGAAGCUUGCUGUUGGGCACGGUGAAUACACGCUGAUCGACGAGAAGGACUUCUUCACGGUGGCCAAGCAGAGCGAGUACAUCGUGUGCCACUUCUGGCGGCCGAGCACCUGGAGAUGCGAGGUCAUGGACAAACACCUGCGGCAGUUGUGCCAGAAGCAUUGGGGCACACGCUUCGUCAAGGUGGACGCGGAGAAGUCCCAGUUUCUCUCGGAGCGUCUCCACAUAUGGUGCCUGCCCUCCCUGGUGCUCUGCAAGCAGGGGAAGACGGACCACACGAUCGUCGGGUUCAGUGAGUUCCAGCGCGGCGACGAGGCCACCACGGAGGACGUGGAGCAGCUGCUGGGCAAGUGGGGCGUGAUCGCCCUCGAAGACUGA